AUGGACCACAGAGGCUACGGUAGCCGGAGGAAGGGCAUUCAGCUCGGCAACAUCCUGGGUGAUCCUUUCGCGCUCGCGACAAUCUCUAUCUCUAUGCUAGCUUGGAUUAUCGCCUUUGCAGGCUUCAUCGCCGUCGCAGUGGAAGCUGGGGAGAACGACUACUACAAGUUCCCAUGGUGGUCCGCGAUAUACAGCCUUUUCCUGAACAUCAUGGUGUUUGUGGUCGUGGCCAGUGACACCAUCCACACCUACCAUGUCGCUCUCACAGCGUACUGCGCUGCUGGCGUCGUCCUGACCAGCGUUGCCAUCCAGCCGCUGAUCUACAACAGCGGCGAUGGCGCUAGGCAGGCUUCUGCUGCAGGCUUCGUUCUUCUGAGCAUGAUCCAGAUGAUCUGGGUUUUCUACUUUGGGUCAACGCCUUCGUCGACUCCCCGUGCUUUCCUCGAUUCGUUCGCUCUCACUAAGGAGUCUGCGACCAUGCACCGUCAAACCAUGAAUGCCUACGGAGGUACCGCUCGCCCCGAAACUUCCAACUCUGUUCAGCCCCCUCAGAUGUACACGACCUCUGCCCAGCUCAACGGCUUCGAGAACCCCUCGCCCGUUGGAAACACCUCGCAAGCCAACAAUGCGCGCAACUCUGGCAUGGGCGCCUACGGCUCCUCGAACCAGCCUCCCAAGCCUUCCGCUUCGCCCGGCGCUGAUACCGAGGUCGUGCCGCCUACAGAAUACCCCUAUCGCGCCAAGGCCAUCUACAGCUACGAGGCCAACCCCGAGGACGCCAACGAGAUCUCCUUUGCAAAACACGAGAUUCUUGAAGUAUCGGACGUCAGCGGAAGGUGGUGGCAAGCACGCAAAGAGAGUGGUGAGACGGGUAUCGCGCCUAGUAACUACCUCAUCCUGUUAUGA